AUGGCCGCAUCGGUGGCAUUGAAAAUCAUGGCUUCUAUGCUGGGUCUCCCGCAAGAGUCCCUGAACCAAACUGCUAGCUUCAUAAGCUGUGGUGGUGACUCCAUGACGGCACUGCGAUUUUCAGCAGAAUGCAAGCAGCACGGCAUUCUGAUUCCAGUUGAUACUGUUCUUUCUAGCCGUACCUUACAGCACUUGCUUCAGCAAUGUCGUGCAGCAGAUUCCUCGGAGACCACCGUGCAGGCAUCUUGGGUUAGAACACCAUCGAAUACUCCCGGUGAGGGUGGUGGAGAGCAAAAGGAUAAUGAGAAAGAGACUAGCCACCAUCUUUUCAUGCUCAACGAUGGCUCAGAAAGAUCUUCGUACGAAGUAGUCUCAUCAAGAUCGGAGCACUCGUUCAAUACCAGUGAGGCCGAAGUUCACAUCCAUAGCAGCGAUGUAUCCUUUGAUUUGUUCCAAGAACAAGAAGAUAAUCUUGAGAAGCGAUCUAUGCCACUAGAGGAUGAUCUAAGUCUAAUAUCGAUUGAGACGGAAGACCUAUGCAAUCCCAGCGAGGCCACGAUGGAUCAGAUCACAGAUUUCUCGACAAGCCAGAUCUCCCUUAUGCAUGGCGGCCUGGAAACACCGGGCGCAAACAUCAUUUCCUAUUACGAAACAUACUUCCCUGCUCAGACGUCCCGAAUGAAGGCCGCUUGGAGCCAAGUUAUAAAGAUGGAACCCAUCUUUCGCACUAUAUACCGCAGUCCAGAGGACGGCUGCUCGAUCCUUCCGAAGCUCUAUUGGCGAGAGUUCACAACCACCAAAGCAAAAACAUACCGUGAUGCCCUGUCGGGUGACCAGAUGGAAGUUCGCCCAUGGCCGAACGCGAGCACAGCAAUCGACCUUGACGUGAGAUUCACCGUGGUGCAUUAUCAGGCUCAAUCAGAUGCGGACAGUCGAAGCACUCUGAUUUGGUCUGUGCAUCAUGCCCUUAUUGAUGGCUGGUCUGCAUCACUAGUUCUACAGAAGGUCCAUCAGGCCGCUUCGGGGGAAACUGUCCGACCUGGGCCGCGAUUUUCCGACGUUUCCACAGCGUUGAACCAAUGGAGGCUCACUCACAAAGCCGAGGGCGACGCUUUCUGGGCCGAGCAGCAAGCCAAGCUUUCCGAAGGGCGAGAAGAGCUUCUCAUUCCAGUCGUGGGAAAGGGGAAAGCUGGAGAUGGCCAGCAAGACGAAAUCCGUAUCACAUUGGGUAAUCAUUAUACCUCUCUCAAGGCUGCAGCGAGAGCGUGCGCUGUAACCCCUACCGCGUUCUUUUACGCCGCGUGGGCCCUGUGUCUGGGGAUGUAUACAGAUUCGGAUAAUGUCAUUAUAGGCACCGUCGUAUCCGGCCGCAAUAUUCCCCUGCCAGGCAUGUUGGAUACGGUGGGGCCGAUCGUGAGCACAUUACCACUCCAAGUUGAUAUUCUUUGGGACUUGAGCGCUCAAGAUUUUGUCCGAGAUGUCUUUAACCGCAUGCAACGUCUGGUUCAGUAUUCGUGGACCGGGCCUGAUAAUGGCUUCUCGCGUGUACGGGGACAGUUACUAGCAAUACAGCCAAGUGCUCAAUGGCGAGCUGACGAGGAUGAAUUUGUCGUGGAUCGAUCGUUCGCGAAACAGACCACGAAUCUGCCUCUCAGUGUUAUUGUCACAGAUAAUGGCAGCAUCAUGCUGCAAUAUUCCCGUCAACGUUAUAGUCACCGUGGUAUGGAAACCGUUGGGAGAACUCUCAAACAGUUGCUCAUCUCUCUCUGCCAAACGGAAAACACUCUCGAUGUCUGCACUUCAGGGCUUUUGUCUGCACCGGCGCUUGCAGCCCUACGCUCGAUGGGAAACUGCAACUCUUCUGCAACUACGAAGCCCUCCAUCAGGGAUGAUCUCGUCACGCUGUUUGAGCGUACAGUUAGAAAAUACCCGUCUGCGAUUGCGAUUGAACGUGCAGAUCAGCAGAUCAGCUACGCGGACCUGGAGAGACUUUCUGGUCGUAUUGCUCGCAUUCUGGGGGACCGGAUCAAUCCCGAAGAGGUUGUUGCAGUCCAUGCAGAUGGCUCCGUUAAUUGGAUCAUCUCAACCUACGCUGUCCUGCGUGCCGGGGGCACCUACUGUCCGCUGGACAGGGCACACCACCAGCAGUACAGAGACUCACUGUUUGAGACGUCUACGGCGCGAUUCUUUCUGGCAACCACUCGCGAGGCCAUUUCAAGUAAACCCAGGACUGCUUUAUCCGCUCUUGACAUUGAAUCGAUAUUAUCUGAGCCGGAGUCGGACCCGGACACGUCGGGCAUUGCGCUGAGGGCUAAGCCGAGACCUUGGGAAAGAGCCUAUGUCUGCUUCACAUCUGGAUCUACAGGGAAAUCAAAGGGGGUAAUAUGUACGCAUCAAGGACUUGUUGCGUUCCAACGGGACUUUGAGGUCCGCUUGCGGAUGGCUGUUGGGACACGUUUGGCCCAGGUGAUGUCGACAGCUUUCGACGGAAGCAUUCACGAGUUGUUCUCUACCCUCUCCUAUGGUGCGACUCUUGUUCUGCGACCGGAGGGAGGGGCAUUUGGACACUUGAAGACGGUGGACUCUGCCAUUCUCACACCGUCCAUUGCGUCCGUCUUAAAUCCAGACGACCUCCCACAGCUGAAAACCGUCUAUCUCGUGGGAGAGGCAGUUCCUCAGGCCGUUUGCAAUACCUGGGCCACUCGCACAGUCCUUUAUAACAUGUACGGGCCCACGGAGGCGACGUGCGGCGCCACGAUUAAAAGACUUCAUGCAGGACAGGCGGUUACAAUCGGAGGGCCGAAUCCCUCGACCCGUAUUUAUAUUCUCGAUCACCGUCAGCGGCUGGCUCCCGUGGGUCGGAUUGGCGAGAUUUAUCUAGCCGGCGUACAGGUUGCCCAGGGCUAUAUUGGGCGGCCUGAGCUCAACGCCGAACGCUUCCUUCCGGACUCCAUCUGUAGUGGGUUAGGUGAAUACAUGUACCGCACUGGAGAUCGAGGAUACUGGAAUGAGGCCGGGGAGAUUAUCUUUCUCGGCCGUGUCGAUCGCCAGAUCAAGCUACAAGGCUUCCGUAUCGACCUUGAGGAUCUGGAAGCGCGGGUUCUCGGUGCCUGCAAAGAAGCUCAUGCUGUCGCCAUCACUCGUCGGAGGGAAGACUUGGUCUGUAUGAUCCAGACUGCCUCUUCCGACGUCACCGCAAUGCGAGCGGCAAUUCGCGCCGUGGUUCCUGGUUUCGCGGUCCCCACAUAUAUUUAUGCCGUCCCGCAACUCCCAAUGACUGCUACAGGUAAGAUAGACUACAAGGUGAUCGCUGACCGUGUUGAGUCAGACCAACAGAAGGAGGAAGGUUUUGAAACAGAGACCGAGGUUCUCAUUGCCGCAGCCUGGCGUCAAAUACUGAACUGUGGACCUCACGAUGCCAUUCUCAUCGGUCCUCGUUCUAGUUUCACCCAGCUUGGCGGCCACUCUCUGCAACAGUUACGUCUGGCAGCAAGACUGACGGCCGUAUUCGGUGAGCGCAUCACCGUGCAAAUGAUUGCGGGGCUUGCCACCUUGCGAGACCUAGCUAGCAGCAUCGACAAGAUGAAAAAGGGCCAGUCAAUUCCCGCUCCUGGAAUUCUGCAGAAUAGCCAAUAUGGCGAGUACAAGCUGUCGCUCAUGGAGGAAGAGUGGUGGCAUAAGUAUCAAUUGGACUGUAGCUCGUCAGCAUUCAACGUCAGCUAUGUCAGCCAGUAUGAUCCUGACACGGUGAGCCAGUCCAGAUUGAUUAAUGCAUGGAAUCUUGUUCUGUCGCGCCACGAUGCCUUCCGCAGCCGAUACUUGCAGCGGGGCAAAAAGAAAAACACCGUGGCGCGCAUAUUAGCUCCAUGUUCUCCUCGAGUGGACAAGCUGCGAUCCGUCGACGUCAGGGUGGAGGUGAAUCGACCUUUCAAUCUCGCCUGUGCGCCUCCUGUUCGCGUGACUAUAACCAGAGACACUAUUGUUGCUGUUUGGAGCCACAUUAUCUGCGACUAUACUGCCUUGGGAACUGUCCUCAAUGAGGUCGCUGCCGCGUACCACGGUAGAUCCCUCCUGCCACCCGUGCAGCCUCAUUACAUACACCUGGUAGCAGAUGCGGCACCACCACCACCGUGCCACCUCAAUUUCUGGUCCGAGUACCUAGGAGAAGUGAGAGGAACUCGUCCUAUUUAUUUGGGAAAUGGAGUCAGACGGACGAGCUACCGAGGUAAAUCCUCUGUAGCACGGAUAUCUGCCUCGCUCUGGCGGCGUAUGCAGGCUCAAGCAGCUGCCUCAGACGUCACAAUGCAGCAGCUAAUUCUCGCUGCGGUGGCAAUGGCCGUCAGUGCUAACGAUGAGCAGGGCCUGGGCCUCGAUAUUAGGUUGGGGGUCCCUUUUAUCAACCGCCAUUCGGAGGCGGAAAUGAACGCCGUAGGUCUUUUCCUAGAGCCGCUUCCUGUGCGUGUGGUAUUCGGGGAUGGAAGACGAGGCGUACAAAGGUUGCCAGAGGAUCCCCUUCUCUCCUUGGGCACCUUUCUUACUGCCGUUCAGCGCUCCUGCCAGGACUCCCUAUCCUAUGCUGUGCCAUGGCACAAACUCCUCACUCAUUUCGGAAUCGACGCCCAGGAGGAGCUCCCAGAACACCCGCUUUUGGAUUGCGUCGUAAGCUUCCAUGAUGCUCGCCGUCGGGAUCCAACGCCCACGGAAAAAGCACCAUCUGCAGCAGCAGAAGAUAUUACAAAAGAAGGAGGCCCCUGGAGCAUGUUCGCACUUGGCGAUGGUGUGGAACCUCAAUACGUGUGGAGUGAAGGCUCCAAGUUCAUGCUGAUGGUCGAAUGCAUGGCAAUUGAUGAAGAUACACUACUACUUCGCCUCGAAUACGACACAGCAUGUUUCGAACAGGGCACAGGGCGGAUUUCAGCCGUCCGACGGAUGAUAUUACGUGCCAUAAAUGGACUUACCUCCGGUGAGAAUCUACACCAGGAGAAUUCGUUCGCUGACUUGCGCGAGGAGCUGCGAACUUUGUGGGAUUCAGAGAAAGAACCCAUGGCUUGCCGUCCAGCCGCCUCGUCCAUCUCCCUGGGUUCGCCAUCGAUCCAUCCCCUACCCUUGAGACUUGAUCAAGCGGCACGGUAUGGACUCGACAUCGAGCUCUUCCAUGACGACAUACUAGAAAUCGCCAAAGAUCAUACCAGCCUACAAACUGAUGCUGAAAGGCAAAUCAAGGCCGCUUCAAUUAUCCGUUCGCUCUGCGAUGAACGGAGAACCAAGAUCGUUUUUUUACAGCCCUUCCGUCACUAUGAGGAGCCGAUAGACCGGGAGAAGCAUGCUCAGCGGAUUCAGGAAAUGAAAUUAUGGAUUUGA